CUCUUUGUCUCGUUCUCUCUGGCGUCUAUGAAGCUGAAUCCGCAGCACUGUGUCCCGACGCUCGUCGAUGGAGGUUUCGUCCUGUGGGAGUCACGUGCAAUCAUGAGUUAUCUCGUGGAUCGGUAUAGCAAGGGUAUCCUGGUUCCGAACGAUCCCCAGCGACGUGCUGUCGUCAACCAGCGCUUGUACUUCGACCUGGGCACGCUUUACCAGCGCUUCGGCGAUUACUACUAUCCGCAAAUCUUCGAGGGAGCACCCGCCAACGAGUCCGCUUAUGGAAAGAUCGCUGAGGCGUUGGCGUUUCUCAACACUUUCCUCGAGGGCGAGCGAUUCGUGGCUGGAGGCGAAAGCUACUCACUGGCGGAUAUUAGCAUCUACGCCACGCUUACCACGUUCGAGGUUGCAGGGUACGAUUUUAGCACCCACGGGAAUGUCCUUCGGUGGUACCGAAGCAUGGCUGACUGCAUUCCCGGAGCGGAAACGAACCGCGUGUGGGCCGAGGCGGCGAGACCCUUUUUCGAUCGAACACCCCAUAUGUCCCCGUUUCAGAUCAACCCGCAACACUGCAUCCCGACGCUGGUCGAUAAUGGUUUCGCACUGUGGGAAUCGCGUGCCAUCUGCACGUACCUUGUGGAGAAGUACGGCAAGGACGAAAAGCUGUACCCGAAGGAUGCGCAGAAGCGCGCCCUCGUCGAUCAGCGAUUGUACUUCGAUAUGGGUACGCUGUACCAGCGAUUCGCCGAGUACUGGUACCCGCAAAUCUUCGCCAAGCAGCCUGCCAACGCGGAGAACGAGCAGAAGAUGAAGGAUGCGGUUGGGUUCUUCAACACGUUCCUCGAGGGACAGGAUUACGCGGCCGGAAACGAUCUCACUGUUGCUGAUCUGUGUUUGGUGGCGUCGAUCGCGACCUACGAAGUGGCUGGAUUCGAUUUCAAGCCAUUCCCGAAUGUGGCCGCAUGGUUGGCACGUUGCAAGGCAAAUGCGCCCGGAUACGCCCUUAAUCAGGCCGGAGCCGAUGAAUUCAAGGCGAAAUUCUUGUCCUAGAGCCCUUAAUGUGGCCUUUAUCCACGGAGUCCCCGUCCUUGGGGGUUACCUGGGGGUGAUCAUAUGAUAUAUAGAAAUAAAACUCACGCGU